AUGUACGCCAGCCACGAGUUUGACCCGUGGUUCAACUAUCGCGCGACCGAGUACCUCGCCGCCAACGGGUGGCACGCCCUCUUCCACUGGGAUCCCCUACCCCGAGGGACCCUGAACCCCGAAGCGAAAAUGCUCGCGGUCGUGUGUGUCUCGCGCUUUGGCGUCGCCGCGCUUCCGCUCUCGCUAUCCCGCGCUCCGGUGCGCCUGUCUCUGCGAGCCCUCCGCUCCAGCGCCGCGGCGAUGGCCGGCACGGCCUCCGGCACCGUCGAGACGGCCGAGUUUGAGGUCGACGGCGAGAUUGUGCAGGCGGAGCGGUUUGUCGAGGCUGACGUCGGCAUGACGUUCAGCAAGGCGUCGCUUGACGAGAAGCUAUUCUCGCGCCCCUGGCCGGACGAGUGGCCUUUCCCGCCGCAAGCCUUCCGGCGGCAGGACGAGUCGGACGACGCCGACUUCUACGCCGUGCCUCGCUUCUGCUACCACAUCGACGAGGGCGCGGUGCGCGCGCUCACAAACUACUACGCGGAGAACAUCGCGCCCGGCGCCGCGAUCCUCGACAUAUGCAGCUCGUGGGUCUCCCACUACCCGGCCGACUUCCCAGACACGAUGGGCCGCAUCGCCGGCACCGGCAUGAACGUGCACGAGCUGCGGUGCAACGCGCAGCUGUCGGAGCACUCGCCACGAGACCUGAACGUCGACCCGACGCUGCCGUACGAGGACGCCUCGUUCGACGUCGCCACGCCGCUCGAGGUGUUUCGCGAGGUGCGGCGCGUGCUCAAGCCCGGAGGCAAGUUCAUCCUCUCGCAGUCGAACCGCUGCUUCCCCACCAAGGCGAUCGGCAUGUGGCUGGGGAUGGACGACCUGCAGCACUGCCUCGUCAUCGGCUCCUACUUCCACUACGCGGGCGGCUUCUCGCCCGCGCGCGCCUUCGACUGCAGCCCGACCGGCCCAGGCACCAACGAUCCGCUUUUCGUGGUGGAGGCGACCAAGCUGUGACCCGUGCGAUUUGUCUUUUAACACAAUUCAUGUAGUCU